CUGUUUCCUGCGUUUCCGUCUUUCUUUCCCAACGUCAAGAUGGCUGAUCAGAACGAGCGUGCGUUCCAGAAGCAAAACGGUGUUAACCUGAACCGUAAACAGGUGAACAAGAAGAAGGGCCUGCGUCUGCACCACAGCAUCGGUCUCGGUUUCAAGACCCCCAAGGAGGCCAUCUCCGGAACCUAUAUCGACAAAAAAUGCCCCUUCACCGGACACAUCGCCAUUCGUGGCCGAAUCCUGACUGGAGUGGUCCGUAAGAUGAAGAUGCAGCGGACUAUUGUAAUCCGUCGUGACUAUCUGCACUUCAUCCGCAAGUACGAUCGUUUCGAGAAGCGUCAUCGAAAUUUGAGCGUGCAUCUGUCGCCGUGCUUUAGAGACGUUGAGGCCGGAGAUAUUGUGACCGUUGGCGAGUGCCGGCCCCUGUCAAAGACCGUGCGCUUCAAUGUGCUGAAGGUGAGCAAAGUCGCCGGAGCCAAGAAGAAGUUCAACAAGUUCUAAUAAUCUAAGCCGCGGUAUGUUGUAAGGAAAUGUAAAUGGAAGAAAAUAAUAUAUUCCAUAAAAAAACGCAAACAAAUGAAGGAAAGCAA